AUGAUGAUGGCUGCGAAAAAGGGCCAGGGUCCCGGCGGCGGCGAUGGCAGCGGGAAAGCAGAGGCAGAGGCGGCUUCGGAGGUGUGGUGCCGCCGGGUGCGGGAGCUGGGUGGCAGCAGCCAGGCCGGGAACCGCCACUGUUUCGAGUGUGCCCAGCGUGGGGUCACAUACGUGGACAUCACCGUGGGCAGCUUUGUCUGCACCUCCUGCUCUGGCCUCCUGAGAGGCCUAAAUCCCCCUCACCGAGUCAAAUCCAUCUCCAUGACAACCUUUACGGAGCCUGAAGUGAUGUUUCUCCAAUCUCGUGGAAAUGAGGUUUGUAGGAAGAUCUGGCUAGGCCUCUUUGAUGCACAGUCCUCCAUAGUCCCAGAUUCCAGGGACCCUCAAAAGGUGAAGGAGUUUCUUCAAGAGAAAUAUGAGAAGAAGCGAUGGUAUGUUCCCCCAGACCAAGUCAAGGGAUCAUCCUAUGCCAAAAGCAGCACCUCUACCCCUACCCAAGAUUCAACUUCAGAUGUAAAGCCCUUGAAGACACUUCUUGGGGACCCUGGGCCCUCUUCUGCUAUUUCCAGCUCUAAUCAGGCUCGACUUUCUCAGCACCGGUGCUCCCAACCACCCUCCCUCCCUUCAGUCAAGAAAGCCAGCACGGACCUGUUGGCUGACAUUGGUGGAGACCCUUUUGCUACUCCCCAACCAGCAUCAAACUUUGCUGUCUUUGGGGGCCCGGGGCCUUCUCAUGGAGGCUUUGCCAACUUUGAUGCCUUUGGGAGUAGCCCUUUCUCCUCUACAAUGGGAGGCAUCCCUCCAGCUGGCCAGGCUUUGUUCCAGACACAGCCAGCACCCAUAGGCAGCAGCCAGGUGACGCCAUUUGGUGCCUCUCCUCUUGCUCCUGCCAACCAGCCAAGUGCCCUUUCAGAUAUGAGCAAUGUCUUGGGAACUGGAAUGUCAACUGGGGGCAUUCCUAGUAGAGCCUUUGGGACUGUUGGCCAUGUCUCUGGACUCCACACUGCUGCUACUGGCAGUAAUAACAGCAGCAGCAGCAGUACUGGACUUGGAUAUGGGGCUUUCACCAACCCUUUCAUAGCACCGGCUCCUCAUCCACAGUUGCCUUCCACCAACCCAUUCCAAUCCAAUGGCCUGGCCUCAGGACUUGGUUUGGGGAUGAACACUGUGGUUCCUAGCUUUUCUUCUGCACCAACCCCAGGUGGCUUCCCUGGAACUUUCUCUCCCAGUCUCCUCCCUCCACAAACGUUGCUGGUUCAACAGCAGAAUGGCUCUGGCUUUGUGGGGUUAGGAGCAGCCAAACUGGGGCAAAGGCCUGUGAGCCAUCCAGCAGGGAUCUCUACCAACCCCUUCAUGACUGGACCCUCAUCAAGCCCAUUUGCCUCCAAACCUCCUCCUACGAAUCCCUUCUUGUAGCACAGUGCCCAGAGGGACAUCAUCCUUCCUGCUCCCUCUACCCCCAAGUAUCCCUCUGUUCCCUAGAACCCUGGUGGCCACCUUUGUUUGUUGGCAUUACUGUGAUCUCAGCCCAAGAUGGGGCAGAACUUGCCUUGCUCUGGGUGGUGGGAAUCAUGGGGAUAAUGAAAAUGUUAAUGCUUUGCUCUGGGCUUGAAGAUAAAACAAGAGCCCCAUGGCCAGUAGCCCUCUCCCAGAGCAGUGAGAACAGUGGGAAUGGUUACUAGAAUUGGCUGGCCCUGGUGUGUUUUAUUAUUCUAAAAUUUUUCCUUAUCAUCCUUCCUCCCCUAUAUACAUGCUUCUCCCAGUUCCUAAAGCCUUCUCCUGUGGAGAGAGUUAUAGGUGCAGGCUGACACAAAUUUUCUCCUCUUAGUGCUCUAGUAUAACUGCUGGGAGGCUAAGAGAAGCUGAACCCAUAUGUGGAUCUUUCCCAUCAUGCCAAGAGGUCCUAUUCCCAGCCAAAAGAGUGGGAGCUAUGACUGCUGAAACCAGGCAUGGCAAGCACAUGGACAAGCAUUGAAUGGCACUAGAGUUGGAGCACCUUCAACCCUGGCUUCUUUCUGCAUAGCCGGGCACUUUAGCAACCCUCCUCUCACCUUCCACAUCCCCAAAGAAAGCCUUCUUCUUUCUUGCACAAACCCCUAAACCAGCCUCCCCUACAUGCAAUGAGGGAAGGUUCCUGUCCCUCAUAUCAAAGCUGCUUCUCUCCUUUUCAGUUCUGUUUGCAAAAGUAUUUUAUCAAUUUAACCCCUUAGCCUAUUCCCCUCAUGUCAGGCACUUUAGUUAACUGUUAGUUUCAAUGUUUGGAUACCAGUGUUUUGUAAACACACCCAGAGUUUUCUAAUAUAGCCUAUUAUAUAUACACACACACACAUAUACAUAUAUAUGAUACUUAUAAUCUAUACAACCACCCUUCUGUACACUUUGUCCCCAAGAGUCACCAGGUAACUGAUAUUUAUGGGUAGCGAAGGAAUUCCUUAUCUACUCUGACCAUUCCUCCCUCAGCCUUGAUGGGAAUUCAUGGUCACUCCCAGCCUUACCUCCUGGACUACCAUAGGGGAGAUUUUUGUGCAGUUGCUGCUUUGUUUUUUCACAUUUCCUGUUCUGCCCUGACUUUGAUUCUUGCACUAAAGUUCAUCAAAGGCAUUGUUGGAAAAGAACUUUGAUUUGAAAGAAAAAAUUGCUGCUUAUGGUCUGGCUUUUGGGGCCCUUGGUUUCACACACCAGCAAACUUCCCCGAUUAGCUUAAUUUAGAAUUUUUUUUCUUUGUCCAGACAACAGCAUCAUCUAUGAACUAGCACAGGCCUUCCUGGCAAAGUGACUCCAAAGAGAGAGUUGAGAUGGAAUGGCGGGUAUGGGCAUUUCUCCUAUAUGGAGGGAAAGAUGGACAGGAAUGAGAGUGACUCUCAUUCAUUCCUUUAGUGUUGAAUUUGCUCAUACCUAACCAGACUACCAAGGCAUUCCCAUAACAUCCCUGACAACCAACUCAGGCAAACACAGCUGCUUAUAUUUUCCAGUCCAUUGUGUUAUGUCAACAGCUCUUGAAGCUGAGCUGUUUGUAUGGGGACAUGGAUAUCUGCUUAGGGUAAACUUUCUAUUCAGACUGAAGCAGAGAGUUAUGACCUUGCUAUUUGGGACAACAAUAUGAUAGACAGAUGAGAGGGCUUGCUUACAGUUUCACCUUCUCUUAUUUGUGGGUAUAUUUGGGUCUUUGACCAUCAGUAACACUAGAGGUAUGGGAGAUUCUUAGGUUUGGGGAAGUUUUCUGGGAAAAUGCUUUUAGCUGAGUGUAAUUUUUCCUAGCUAGGAUCAAUUUCACCGUAUCCUUGUUGAAGAGCAGAGUGCAGAUUGUGGUCUAAUUAACUUUCCUCUAUCCCCAGCUCCUGACCCAUUAAAACUGGUUUUGAUAGGGGAAAAUGGGAAAUCUAAGCACUGAGAAACUUGUCACAUCUUCCUGGGACAACAGAAGUCAUGCUCCUCAUAUCUUUCUUCCCUCCCUCCCAUUUUUGUAAAGAUCUACUCCCCAGUAUGGGCAGCUAUGCCUAGUCAUGCUGGUACUUCUCCCUAAAGGCCUAUGCAAGGAAGCAAAUUUGGUGCACACCCAGGCCUGAGGCCCUUCAUUCCGAAGGCUGCACUCCUAGGCAAAAGAGGAAAAUGAAUUGAGGGCUUACUUUGCAGAACCUCAAUGAAUUUCUCCUUUAGGGAGAAAACCAAUGGAAGUCUUAAGAAUACCUCACACCAUCAAUGUUGGUUCCAAAACUGAUCUUGAUAUUCUCUGUCUCCAUUUCUCCCAUUUUGGCUUUUUUCACCCUAUGUCUUCUCAUGUUCUUAUACUUUUUUCAUUUUUUUUCCUUUCCUUUCUCCUCUCACUAGCCUUGUUUGGGUGCUUUUGAGGUAGUAAGGGAGUCAAGAACCUGGUUGGCAUGCUGUGUGGUGAGAGCUAUCCUCAGACUUCUUGUUUUCCCAUAAUUUGAAUGCUACCUUCCCCCCCCCCCCAUUCUUCUUUUACCAAGGAAAAUCCUUCAAAAAUCACUGCUAGUUGGAACUAAUUUAAAGAGCUAGAGAUCCAAGAUGCCUUUGUGUGCCAGAUUCUUUCCCUGGUACUUAGUGCCCUAGGUUCAGUGGCCCCCUCCAACUUUUCCCUGGCAUUUACUGAGUUAGCCAGUUCUGUUGUCAUCUUUUCUCCAUUCUGUUUCUAGGACCCUUAGCUAUUUCAGGACAGAUGGUCAUAGGUGAAAGGGCUAAGUCAGCCACAGAUCUCAAGGUAGCUUUAGGAAGAGUGAGACCAAGGACUUCAAAUGCUUCCAACCAACCCUCUCCAUUCCUAGCCUCACUCCUUAUCUCUCCAAGUUCGGUGGGAACACUAGUUCUGAUCCUGUCACUGACCUAGGACGAGAGGAGCAGCUCUGGGUGUGGAACCUGGAGUUUUUUU